AUGGUAUGUGAGGUUUGGGGUCUGGGAGUCUCGAAUGCGAUGGACAUUGGAAGCAUCGCCCUUGAAGAACACCUGAAAAGGUGGCAACAGACCAAGGCUCUCAACCAACAACCUGGGAUGCAGAAGCUGGCUGUGGUAUAUCUAGAUCAGUGGAUAGAAAAGCACAGUAACAACUUUCACAGUGGCUGGAGUGCACCAGUUCUAUCCGAAAAGCAACUGGAAUAUGCGGUGAUUGAUGCCUAUGCAUCAUACCAAAUCCUUGAGAGGAUCAGGGUGGAAGAAGAUGGUGAACCUAUCCUAUAA